UAACUUUAUAUCGAUAUUUUAAAAAAGAAUAGAACAAUUUUGUUUUUCUCACAUAUUUUUAUACUUUUUAAAGUAGAAUAACAUAAUUAAUUGAUAAAAAGAAUUUCCCAAUGGUGAUUAAAAAUCCAUUACUUUACUAAAAUACGUUGAAUUAUCUUAUCAAUAAUAGUUUUAGUAGGAACAAAGAAACGGUUUGAUCAAUUACGUCUUACACGAUUUGACCAAUUAGAAAUCGACAACAGCUCAAUCACGUGAACAAGGUGUCUUUAACCGAACGUCGAUUUUGGUUAGUUAUCAAUCUUUGCCCGUGACAAGUUUUCAAGGUUGUCAGUUUUUUUGUUAGUUAAACCCCGGAAAAAAUGAAAGGUGUUUUUGCGUUGUUGUUGGCGAAUAUUUUUAUCGCUACAGCCAUAGCCGAUAGUGACACUUACGUCUACGGUUCGAAUACUCCAGUUUACUAUCCAGAGAAAAAUGAAGUUGGAAUUAAGAUCACCAUGGUAAAAAAUCAAUUCGAAAACAAGAAAGCCCAUAACUCAGGAAAUGCAAAUGCGCUAUUCGUCAAGGUGCUGAUUGUCACAGAGUAUGAUUCUUACCAACAAAACAACGAGGAUGGAUUGAAGCAACAAGCAAAAAACGUAAUCGAUGGAAUGAAUUCCGUUUUCUCAACGCUUGAUGCCAAUCGACCUUUUGGAUUUCUACUAGGCGGUCUCGUUAUAUUGAAGACUUCGGGCUUAUACGAACCAUCACUCACGUGCAAAAGUGUAUAUGACAUAGAACCUUUAAAAGAACAAUCGUCUGACUUUGAUAAAUAUCGGGCCGAAUCAAUAGUCAAAG